CACAGCUUCACUUCAACACUCAUCAAACUCAUCAACAUACAAUGGCACCUCAAAUAUGGCUGCCCUCAGAGCGCUCUUCAGGGGCUCAACAGAAAGCCCUCGUUCAUUACAUCUGUGGUAACCCGGGCCUCAUCGAAUACUACACCGACUUCCUCAGCCAUGUGCGCGGCCUUUUAGACAAGAUCGAGACAGACACUGCUUAUGAUAUCUACGGCACUAACUUGCUCGGCUUCAGCGACGCUGACCAUGAGCCAUUUACUUCAAAGAAUAAACCUUGGGACCUGGAGGGACAGAUUGAGGGCAUGUACGAUAUCGUUGCGGCCAAAGGAAAAGGGUACGACUUCGUGAUUCUCAUGGGCCAUUCUGUUGGGUCAUUCAUCACUGUUGAAAUCUUUCAUCGCCAUAUGAAGAAUCCGGAGCGAGCGCCGCAUUUGAAGCUUCAACAUGGAUUUCUGAUAUGUCCUACGCUUACGCACCUUGCUCGGUCAUCCAAUGGUGUACAGUUCCAGCUAUUGCGUCAAUUCAUUCCCUUCCUCGACACCGCAGCUUGCUUACUCGCACGUCUUCUCCUCGGCCUUUUCAGUGUCGCAAGCGUGACUUGGAUCGUUCAGCGCCUCCUGGGCUUUACACCUGCGAGUGCAGACGUCACUGCGCGAUGGUUGAAGAGUAGAGAUGGCGUGUUGCAGGCAGUUCAUCUGGGAUUGACGGAGUUGGAGAUGAUAACUGAAGAGAAGUGGAACGACGACCUAUGGGACACGACAGGAGAGGAAAAUGGAGUACCAAAGUUCUUUUUGUUCUAUGCCAAGAAGGAUCACUGGAUUCAUGAUGACGAGAGGGACGGCAUCGUGGAAAAGAGAGGAGAUAAAGCGAGGAUUGUGCAGGAUGAAGGGGAUAUUCCUCAUGCGUUUUGCACGAGAGAGAAUGCGAGCUUAGAAGUUGCAAGGCGAGUCUGCGGUUGGGUCGAAGAGAUCGAAGCAGCCAAGAAGUGAAACGACGUGAAACAAACUUGGGUCAAGAAUACGAGGCCCAGUCCUUUGUUCAAGGACCCUUUGACAAACAAUAACAGACGUGUACAGUGAGCAUUGGUCCAUGACUGAACAUCACGAAGCUGACUCCCAAAAGACUAGACAAGUUUGCCACGAUCUUAUGCAUAAUAGAAAUGAUUUCCAUUGGAUCUCGAUCGAAACUAUAUCAUCAGCCACAUAAUGAAAUGGUUGGCCCUGUCUAUUUACGGCGUGACAUCGCUCGCUGCACUCCCCGCAUGAGGCCGCGUAAGGUUUUCGGGGCGCCGGUUGUGCCAGAAACGGCGACAGACGUCGACCACUUUUUUACUGGGAGAUGACUCGUCAUGUUCUGCUAGGUCUACUUCUAGAAGUUUGUUGAUUCAUGGCAUUCGAUUCACGGUUUGCAAAUUCACCAUCAAUUGAGGGCAGAGAAGUGAGACAAGUGUCACUGGUAUAUUUGCUAUAUUCUGGUGGUUCAAGACCAUUAAUUAUUAACCCGUGAUUCCAAUCACAAAUCCGAAUCCAAUUCCCAUGUACACAUAUUCCAUUCCUCCUCGUUACUUUCCUUUCAGCUCGUAACAAUGCCUGUCACCUCACGUUCAAAACUUGAAUAGUUUUUUCCACGAUGAGGAAUUGGCGCUCAUAAUUGACUCCGUUUACAGAGCAAGGGCCAUGAGGGCAGCCAUGGCCAUGGCGCCGAGACCCUUGAGGCCAGCAGCGCUGUUCUCGCCGACACCUGAGGGAGCGGGAGUGCUGGUGGCACCGCCGGCAGCCUCGGACUUGGUGGUGGGAGUCUCGACGACGGGGGGAACAGCGGUGGUCUUGCUCUCAACGACGGGAGGGACAGAGGUGGUCUCGACGGCGGUGGUCUCGACAGCAGUGGUCCCGACGGCGCUGGUGGUGACGACAACCUUGGUGGAGGUUUCGACCUUGGUGGUGUCGGCCUUGGAGGACUCCUCGGCGGAACCGGAGCCGGAGCCGCCAGAGCAGAGCUUCUCAGUAGCAGGGAGGACCUCGUCUGAGGUGAGUCAGUAUAUAAAUGUCUUGUGUCAUGUAAUUGUGAGUAGAAAACUUACUGAUGGCAACGUCGGAACCACACUUGGUGAUCACACAAGAGGUAGCGGCGCUUCGGACAUCGUCGAAGCUCUUGCAGACACAGGUGAGAUCAGUGGUCUUGCAGUCGGUCUUGCUGGUGAUGGCGUCGUCAAGGCAAGGAAUAGCGCACUUGGGGACGUCGGCGAGAGACUGAGCCGAGACGGCGGUGGCGAGGGCAGCAAUAGCGAAAGAGUACUUCAUCUUGAAGGUUGUUUCUUGGGGUUGUCUUUUUUAAAAGUUGAUAUGCGAGGAAGACACAACGAGUGUAAAGAGGCAAGGCUGAAGCUGAUGCUGAAUUGGUCCAAUGGAAGCGAGUGGAUGAGGAGGAAAAGAAAGAAGGGGAAAGCUUGAGAGAUGGAUGAGAAAGGGCUUUAUGUAUGUGAAGGAAUCAACAAGUUCAGCUCGACUUGGUUAGAGCGUGACGGUGCCGUUGCCCGUUAACCAUUACAGGGAAGACCAGCCUCUUCUUCCUGCAGACUUGCAGGUCAACUUCUUGUUCUUGAUUCUGAUCCUCGUUCCUUUUCUGGAGUCUAGCGUGAGUGGACUGUGGGAGGGGGGUCGGGAUACGCUGCGACGAGCCGGAAGCUGGGAAGUUGGACGAAUGGGAGGUUGAAAGAGGGACAGGGAACUCUUACCAGGGGUGCUAGUUGCUAUUCUUGCUGUGGUAACUCCUCAGAGGGCGUGUAAGAGCUUUUGUUAUGCCGUUGUGAGAGCGGGGCGGGCUUCCGGAUUCGAUACACACGGCCGAGUAGAUCGACGAGGGGUGAUGCCAAAGUCCGGGGGCGAGAUGCGGAGACGGGUCUAGCGCUAGGGCAUGUGAAGUUCUCGGUUCUUCUGUGACUCUCUCUCAAGAAGAACUUUUCGGAGAUUGACCUUGAAAAAGGAACAUGAGCAUGGCACGAACUGUCUAGUUCAUC